ACAAAACCCGGAAGUGUCCCCUCGACUUCUUCUUGUGUUUCCGGCUUCGAGACCUAUUUUAUACAGUCUAUGUUCGAGACGUCUUCAUCUCGCCAUUACUGCUCCCUACUGGAGGAGACUGUUUCAUAGUGGAUUUGAUUUUUUGUGAGUAAAUCUGUGUGUAGAUUUGCACAUAAAAGCUCACGCUACUAAAACUCUACUCCGGAUUCAUGAACGGCGCGGGAAACUCAGAUUAGAACCUAAACACGUGUGUAAGAUCAUGAAUGCCAACAUUGACAGCGCGCUCCCGUUGAUCAUCAAUUAGCAUAAAUCCCCGCCCAUGAAUAGCAAAUAACCACCAUAUAAAGACACAGACCUGUGCAUCUGGUCGGCCUGCCCUGCAAUCAUGGCACAGGGAAAGAAAGACAGAGAGCGAAAAAAGAACUUCUCCGAGGCGGAGAUUGAAAUUAUUUUGGGCGAAGUGGAAUCUAGGAAACACAUUGUAUUUUCUUCUGUUAGUUGUGGAGUGAAUGGGACAGAGAAAGGGAAGGCCUGGAAAGAAGUGACAGAGGCUGUAAAUGAUGUCUCCGCUGUAGUAAGGACCAUUCAGGAGGUGAAAAGAAAAUGGUUCGAUUUAAAGAUUGAAGCAAAGAAACGUAUUAAGUUGAGUAAAGACAACAGUACAGCCACGGGAGGAGGAGGACCUUCCCAGCCACGACUUUGCCCAAUAGACGAGCGCAUUGCUGGCAUCAUCGGGGAGAGGGAGACCUCCAUAUCAGGAAUCAUUCCUGAUGGAGACGGCGACAUACCUCCAUUGGAGCUAUCUCCAUCAAACUCAGAGGCCGAUGAGUCUUACUCCCGUGGUGUGAGUCCUCCACCUGCUGCUCCCACUGCUCCUUCUCCCAGACGCAGAGGCCGGAGAGGUGACCUGGUCCUAACAGAGGAGGGACCAACAAACCAAACAGCCAUUCUUAGGGCAGUCGAACAAAUUAACACUUCGCUGCAACAAAUCAAUACAAGCCUGCAGGCAAUCUGCCAAGCACUUUUGCACCCCUCGCAAUAAAAUUUACUUUUUUCAGUGUC